AUGUCUAGAAGGUUAAAAAGAACAAACUUGUUUUCGAAGGAUGUUAGUUCAUUAUUAUACGCAUAUGGUGAUGUUCCACAACCAUUAUUAUCCACAACUCAUUGUUUAGAUGAAGUUGUAGCACAAUAUUUAGUGGAUGUAUGUACAUCAGCUGUUAAUGUAUCACAUAAUAGUAAUAGGAAUAAAGUUAGAUUAGAGGAUUUUAAAUUUGCUUUGAGGAAAGAUCCUAUUAAAUUGGGGAGAGCUGAGGAAUUGAUUGCUACUAAUAAAGUGAUUACGGAAGCUAAAAAACAAUUUAAUGAAACAGAUAAUUCAUCGUUGAAAAGAUUUAGAGGACAAAAUGGUGAAGAAGAAGAUGAGGACGAUGGUGACGACGAUAAUGAACAAGACGAUAAUGACGUGGAAGGUACAGUAGAUUAUUCAACAACUAAAAAUUCUUCAAAUAAAAAGGCAUCAUCAAAGAAGAAUAAAAAAAAUAAAAACUCAAGUACAAAGACUGGUAAUAGAAAUAAGAAACAAAAAUCAUCUACUUAA